AUGAGAUUGUCCCUUGUCGCUUUGGGCAGGUCUGCAUGGAAAGGUCCUUUUGUGGUGCCCUUACCGAUUGCUGAGGCAAAGAAAAACGGUACGCCUAUCAGAACGAAUGCCAGAUCGUGCACCAUACUGCCUCAGUUCGUGGGGCUCAAAUUUCAAGUCCACAACGGAAAAGACUAUGUCCAUAUAAAUAUCACCGAAGACAUGGUGGGAUCGAAGCUCGGCGAGUUUUCCCACACACGGAAACGGUUCAAAUACACCCAAACCAAGAAUAAAUAA